AUGAAGUCCAUGAAGGGUCUUGGUAUGAGCAAGGUGCUCGGUAGCAUCAGAAGAAAAGCCAGCAAUGUCUCCAAUCGAGCAUCUGACGGACCCUCCGGAGCUUCACCUUCAGGCACGACACCGGCCGGAACACCCGAGGCUACAGCUCACAACAGCGUGCAAGAUGAGGUUCUCUUUCUCCCUCCUAUCGUCGAUGCCGCCGAAUCCUCCCCAGCUGCUGCCGCAGAAUGCGCGCGCCUAAUCCGCAAGUACCUGUCCAAAGAAUACUUUUCAAAGCCAUCAUGGCAGUACAACGCAAUCAUGCUCUUGCGCAUCUUGACCGACAACCCCGGCGCGACUUUCACACGGAACCUAGACCAAAAGUUCGUCGAUACUGCGCGAGGACUCCUCAAGGCUGUACGAGACCCCAGCGUGCGCCAGAUCCUCAUGGAGACACUCGAUGAUUUCCAGCACACCAAGGCGUACGACGAAAACUUGACUUUGCUUGUUUCAAUGUGGCAAAAAGAGAAGGAACAAGCUUACAAGAACUUUGGAGGACCGCAGCAGCCCAUGAUGUCGCCAGGCAGUUUUAACACCCCUCCUCCAAACCCACACUCGCAGAAUUACUUUGCGAGACACCACACGAACAAGCGCUUGCCUGAUCCCAUUGAGCUAGCCAGCCGACUCGAAGAAGCCCGAACAUCAGCUAAGCUCCUAGAGCAAGUUGUCAUGAAUACGCCUCCCGGCGAGAUUCUCGACAAUGAGCUCAUCAAAGAAUUUGCUGAUCGAUGCUCAAGCGCAUCUCGCAGUAUCCAAGGCUACAUGACGUCUGAGAAUCCCACUCCUGAUAACGACACGAUGGAGAAUCUCAUCGACACCAAUGAGCAGCUACAGACUGCGCUCAACCAGCACAAGCGAGCUGUCCUGAGCGCUCGAAAACAACUGGGUUUGAACGAACGAUCCGACUCACAGUCGCCCAGUUUGACCCCUCAGAUUCAGUCCCCGCAGCAGCAAGAGCCUCAACCUGAGAUCAACGGCAACAAUCACUACUUCAGUAACGGAUCUGGAUCAGGUUCCGGCAAGGGUAAAGAGACGCAUUCUUACCCACCACCUCCAGGUCCUCCACCCCAGAAUGGUGAGGGAAGUUCAAACCGACCCUAUGAAGAGCCCGCCGAGAACCCUUUUGCAGAUCCUCAGCCAGGCAAUUCUUCCUCGGUCCAGCCACCAUCCAACACAGCGGCUCAGUACUCCGAACACGAACGCCUUGCAUACGAGCCCUUCCAUCCUGGCUUCAAACCCACGGAAAGCUAUCUGGGCCGACAAGACAGCGCCAUUGGUAAAGUCGACAUGCACGGUGCUGGAGCUUCGACACCAUCAGCCCAGCCUCCAGCACAGCAACGACUCGACGAAGUCUCCGACGACGAUGACAUCUACGAUGCGCCAAGUGGACCACCACCCAAGAGCAAGGAACCUAUAUACCGGUACUAG